AAAAACCCUAACACUAAAACACUAUAAGCAUAAAGCCCUGAAACCCCAAAUUGAGAAUAGAGACCAGCGGCUGCAACAAGUUUAACCAAUAGAGCUGGGAGUCGCCAAUUCAUGGAAGAUACAAUGAGAGGAGGCUUUAUAUAGGAAAAGUAAUGAUCUUUUGAAAACCCUAAUUCCGAAUAUGGGCUUUGUUUGUGUUUUGGGCCAUAAUUUGGCUCAAUAUAAUAGGCCUCGUAAUUCGGGCCUUAAGAACGGGUCUUACAGCUCGGUCCACUCGGCCGGCCAGAGCUCACCUUGCAAAGGUUUGAAUUUUUUCAGCGCAUUGCCGUCUCUGAAAGCAAGAAGAAGAAAGUGGUGGUUGGAAGGGCAGAGCAAUUGCUGGUGUAGCUUGAAGGGCGUGGUUUGGUGCGUGGGAAUGUCGAUGGGGAGUGACAGCACUUGGGUUGGGAAGAAGCCUCUGAGACGCAUCGGAGGCAUGUCCGAUGCUCUCUCCAUUGCUUCGGAUCUUGGCUUUUCUGUUGCCGCUCCUCCUACCCAGGAAGUGCUUCAGAACCUAUCCACUACUACUGGUGAGAAGGGUGAUGACUUGAUAAAGGUUCUGAGGGAACUUACCUCUGUACAAAGAAAAAUAGCAGAUCUGCAAGUUGAACUUCAAGGGAGAAAAGAUGAUAAAAACGUAGCACAUUUGACACAUGCGAGUGAAAUGGAAAAGAAGUGUGAAACUUUAGCGAGGAUUACAACCAUAUUGAAAGAUGUGAUUCAGAAUAAGGAUCGCAUCAUAGCCCGUCUUCAACAACCAUAUUCACUUGAUUGCAUUCCAGUGGAAGCAGAAUAUCAGAAACAAUUCUCUGAAUUACUGAUGAAGGCUGCUAGUGAUUAUGGGGCCUUGACAGCAUCAGUUGCAGAUUUCCAGUGGAGUCAGACAUUUAAGGAACCUCCUUCAGUUUGGGGGGAAAUGCUUCGUCCAAUUCCUGUUGCCUUAGCAUCAUGCACUCGGUUCUUUGAAGCAAUGUCUGCUAUGAGGGAAUCAUUUUCAACACUUCAGCAUCUCAGAGUCGGUCAUAGUGACGCAUCUUCACCGAUAACACCAGGCAAGGAUUCCUCCCGAAGAGUACCAGGGGAUUCCGAAUGUGUAACUCCACCGCCUUGGAGAACUGAACCAAGCUUUGAUGACUUAGCUAUCAGAAGCUCAAGGAGGCCAGAAGUCAAGCACCGAGAAGCAGAUGAUGAAAACAGUGAGGGGGAUGGAACUAGCCACAGGAGAUUAUCAUGGCCUCCUUCAGUUAAAAAGAGUGGUGUUUAGUCAAUUUGCUGAAUUUCGUUGCGAUGUUACUCAAUGUAUGUUUUUGUGUGAAAUAGUCAUUGUAAUAGUAGAAGUAUGCAAAAAAAAUCCAAUGCAAUUAUACACAUUGAGACACUCAUUAGUUUGUGCAGUAUACAUGUAUUCUAUUAUGUCGAAAUGUUUAAGUGAUGCCAUCUGACUUCUCCCAUUUUAA